GCUGUAAACCGUUUCAGUUGAGUUUGAAACGCGCACGCGUGCGGACGUUGCCAGCGUAUAGACACACACAUACACACACACACUCAUACAGAGAAAGCACGCUAACAGUAAUAUAUAUAGCAGCCGAAUCAGUAGCCCCAGUAGAAACCAAAAUAGAAAUGUUUACCAUUUAAGCGACUCGCGUCUCAAACAAAAUACUCGCACGUACACGCGCUCUCAAACAAAACUCUCUCGCUCUCUCUCUCUCUUUCACUCGGUCGAUCGCUCGCUCGCUGUUGGCUCUCUUGCGUUAAAGUGAAAGUUGUGCCACACAAAAGUGGCAAAGGUCCGUUAUCUGUUCGGCCAGCGCUGGCAAACGGGCAGCGCUGACAAUCAGAUACACGCGGAACGUUCAGUUGACCGGACGCAUGGCGCUUCGAUCAGAGCCUCGUUGUUAGCAACUGUAACAAUUCGCCAAUCAAUUAAACUAUAUAUCUAUUUGCAUAAACAACAGUGCGCUGCAACGAAACUUCCAUAAUUCAAAGUGCUAAAGCUCAAGAAAAUAAAUUUAUAAAAAAUAAUAAUAAUAAUAAUAUUAGUACGAAAUUCAUUGUAAAGCUCGUGCAUGAAACGCGUUCGUUGCCUAAGUCUUUUGUUUGGCCGUAGCGGUACAUUUGCAUGCGUGUAACUGUGUGUGUCCGCGUGUAUGUUUCCAAUUACAACAUACGACAAUACGCUGUUAGAUUUUCGCACUCGACCACAUUAAAAAAAAAUAAAAGAAGAGAAAAAACAAAACCUUUAACUAAGUGGAAAUUCAGCUGGCAGACGAAGCGUCUAGCCGGAAUAGUGUCCAGCGACGGACCAAAGCAGACAUGUUUAAGUGGGUUAUGCCGGCGUUAGCGUCGCGCACAAACGCGACAACAAAAGCAGCGGCAGCGGCAGCGGCAGCAAGAACAACAAGAACUACAGCAACAAUAACGACAACAACAACAACAACGAUAACAAAACGGCAACUACUUUCCAACGCUUUAACAACUUUAAUAAUAAUAGGCGCAUUAUUUGUGCAGACAACAAGUGGAUUUAGAUCAACAAUUGAAACGAACGGCGCUGGUCGUAAGCUGUUUGGCGGCUAUCGCAUUACGCCCAAACAUUGUCGCGCUACCAAGACGCUGCCCAGCUCGGAUCCACGCUCCAAUGGCCCCACCAUUUGCAUGUUCAAUCACGAGUGCGCGCAACGAGGCGGCGAGGUGGUAGGCGCUUGCAUGGAUGGCUUUCUAUUUGGUGCCUGCUGUCAGAUACCGCAUACCCAUGAGUUGGCCAGCACGCUGAUCAAUGAUGCACAGAAUGCGUACUUCCAGCAGCAGCAGCAAAAGCAACAACAGCAGCAGCAACAACAACAACAGGCAGCAGCGCAGUCCUCCUAUGAGAACUAUGGAGAGCAGCAGCAGCAGCAACAGCAGCAGCAGGAGCAACAGCAGCCCGCACAGAAUCAACAGAAUCUGGAUAAGGUCUAUCAGCAGCUGGGCAGCACUGUGAGUCUGGGUCAGAGUGUGCAGCCUGCCGCACAGGACGAGCUGAGCUAUGCCAGCAGCUCCACAGAGGCAACCAAUUCACAGUCAGCCAGCGUGGAGUUCGAGCAGGAGGCGGAGCUGCAGACGAACAACGAUGCGGUCAACUCCAAUGAGGUGAAGCCCACGGAUCAGCCACCGUCCAUACAUGUGCACAAGCAUUCCGUGAAGAUCAAUACGUUCUCAUCGCCGCCAAACAAUGAUGAUUUCGUCAUGCAGGUGCUGGCCACGCUGCCGCCGGAGCAUGUGGAUGACAUUGUGACCUUUACCACGGAGGUGCCCAAUAAGAUCUCCAACGGCCAUGUGGAGCACAGCAGCUCCGAGUCGAACAGCUUCGAGGAGAUUGCAGCCACCAAGGCGCCAGUUAGCACGCCCAGGCCGAAGCCGCAGCCCAAGCCGCAGCCCAAGCCGCAGCCCAAGCCACAGCCGAAGCCUCAAGCGAAGCCCCAAAACAAGCCCCAAUCAAAGCCUGUGCCACAGCUGGCCGAGGUCAUGAAGCGACCUGUGCAGCAGGUGAAGCCCAAGCCAAAGCCCGCCAAUCUGCAUAAUCACAAUCAUUUGAUACUGGAUGGCGGCGAGUUCACGCACAGCGAUAUAACGCAUCCCGGUGCUGAUGCGGAUCUCGUCGAAGAUCUGCAAUUCUCCACGGGCUAUGGACCACAGCCAGUCUAUGUGCAGCCACCAAAGGAGCAGCAGCAGCAGCAGCAGCAGCAACAGCAGCAACAGCAGCAGCAGCAGCAACAGCAGCAACAGCAGCAAUCGCAUCCUGCCUCUCAGUCCUACAUCUCGUCCAGCAGCACGCAGCCCACCGCCGCAGCGGAUGAUAAAUAUAUUCUGGUGCCCACCUACAACAAUGAGAAGCGACCCGCUACCGUGAUGCAGAGCAAUCCCACCACUGUCUCGUCGAUCACCACGCACGUGGACUCCAUUGAGUCGAUCAUACUGCAGCUGAACCACAGCAGCCAUGGACCCAGCUACAAUGUGGUUAGCCAGCAGACGCCGUCAUACAACUUUGCACCGCAAGCCGAGCACAGUGAGCCAGCGGCUACGGCUCAGCCGUCCAGCUACUAUCAGCAGAACGAGAACGAGCAGCAGAACGAUCUGACCAAGUCGCAGGAGGUGGAGCAGCAGCAGGAGUACGGCUAUACGACCGAGUUCAGCUAUGACAAGCUAUCCGGCGAGCAAGACGUUUCCACGAAUAGUCAGUCCGCCGAGCUGCCCACGCCGCGUCCCACCUACAGCGAUGAUCAGUCCGCCGUACUCGAGGAGCAUACAAUGCCCGCUACGAGCUACAAUGAUGCCAUGUCGCCGCAGGCUCCCCACACCUCGGAGUUCAACAAAAUGCCCGUCAUGGGCAUCGCCUAUCCCGUGGAUAUGUCCUACAUGGAAGGCGACUCGAAUCAAGCGGACAGUGAGCCGUCCGGCUAUGGACAGCUGAGCAGUGCAUCGCUCGAGGGAAAUACUGAGAUGAACUUUGAGAAGAUUACGAACAGUUAUACCGAGGCGCCCCAGCCUUCACCCGCUUAUGUGCGUCCAUCAAGCGGCAAUCGUCCGGUGGCAUCCUACAUCGGCAUGGUCACCAUGCAGCACUACAAUGAUGAGCUGCCCCCCGAGGUCUCAGUCUCCUCACACACCACCAAAGUGCAGGAGCAAUACGAUGAGACCUCCUCCGGCUAUCAGCAAACCGAGAAACUGGUCACAGCCAGCCCAGUGCCCACGGCCAGCUACCUGGCUGCCACGACAACGACGCAGGCCCAGCGUCCUCAAUACGAUAGCCACCAGGAGAGCUCCUCAUUACGUCCCGUUUUGAUAACAGCCAGCCCCAAGCCACGCCCCAAGCCCACAACAAAGCGUCCGCCGCCGCCCAAGAAACCGGCAACGCCUGCAACGAUCAUCAAGAAGAAGCCGGUGCAGAGCGAGCAGAACACGCGCAGACCGGCUCAGCCCAGCAGCAGCUACAACACCGAGGAGUCACCCGUUACCCACAUACAGAUCAAACAGCCUGCGGGCAAUUACAACCAGCAGCAACAGCAACAGCAACAGCAGCAGAUGGAAUCCGGUUAUGGACAGGCUCCGAUUCAGAGCUAUGAUCAACCUGCAGCAGUUUCCAGCUCCGGCUAUGGUCAGGAGCAGCCCGCUAUGCCCACUGUCAGCUACGACCAAUCCUCAUCGGCUUCUGCUCCAGGCUACGAUCAGUCUGUCACGCCUGCAAUCAGCUACGAUGAGCCAGCCUCUCCAGCAGCUAGCUACGAUCAGCCAGCUCCAGCUCCAGCUCCUGCACCUGCGCCAGCUACAUAUGCCGAGUCCGCUCCGUCGGUGCUCAACUAUCACGAGCCGGCGGCCAGCUCGCCCACGCGCAAGCCCGUCUCCUCGAAGCCCAUCUCCACGAGCUACGUAACAGGCCCGACCACUCCGCGUCCCCCAGCCACUGUGGACUAUCACUACGACAAGGUGCCGCCGCUGUUCAUGGCCGAUGACAAGCUCGAUGCAUUCAUACAGAGCACCGCCGAGAAUAUCUUGGGCUCGACGCCGGGCAACUACCAGGCGCCGCUCUAUGCCACCGCCUCGACACCCAUCCACAUACAGCAGCCCACGAGCAACUAUAAUAGCCACAAGAAGCCCGGCUUUGUGCAGAUCAAUAUAACGCCCAAGCCCUCCAAGCCGACGGUGUUGAUCACGCCCAAGCCCACCACCAUCAAUGUGGUGCCAGCCAACAGCUGGGAUGACACGAAGCUCGGCUCGACCACCUCCAACUCGUACAUCUAUGGGCCAGUGGGAACGCGACGUCCCGGCAAUACGCCGUCUGCGGUAAGCUCGAAUGACUUUGAGGAUCCGGGCUACUUCGGCAUGCCCGCUGCUAGCAGCAGUCCCGUGCACCUGACCUACACACAGUCGACCACUGAGGCGAUGUACGGUGUGCCCUCGGAUGACAAGCCCGCCUUUCCGGGUUACUAUGGGCCGACGCCCACAUAUCCGGCAUUCUCGGUGCCCGGCGAGAAGGUGGGCCAGGUGGUCGAGGAGACGUACACCUCUCCCAAUGAUUUCGUCAACUUCCCGCCGGUGCGCAAUCCGAAUCUAAACAUGUCCGCCGCCUCGAGCGCCGUGACCAGCGAUCUGGAGCUAGCCACGCCCUCCUUUGUCGAGGACACGGUGCUUAAAGACAAGAUGCACACGCUCGUCCACAAGCUGGUGGCCUCAUUGCAGGGCAACUUCGAAGCGCUGGCCGACAUGAUCGACGAGACGAACAACACAGCAUCCACGUACUCCUCCGGCUUGGUGAGCACCACCAAUGUCAACAAGAAGACCACACGCAAACCUGUGCGCGUCGCCACCACCUCAAAGCCGAAGGCAACCACCAAGAAGCCUGUGACUCGAGUCUCCACCAAGGCGCCCAACAGGAAAGUUCCGACUACUACCACACGGAAACCGGCAACGCGUCGCCCCAACACCACAACGCGACGUCCCAGCUCCAAGAGGCCAACGAAACGUGUCACGACGACAAAGACCACGGCCCGACCCAUCAGCGACGACGAGUUCACCGAUGAGGAGGACGAGGAGGAUGUCAAUCCGAGUCCGCACGAGAACGAGAUCGAGCAGGGAACGCUGAGCUCUUACGGUGGUGCCAACGGACGCAAAAUACAAUGCGGCGUUCGUCCACAUGUUAAAUCGGGUCGCAUUGUCGGCGGAAAAGGCUCCACAUUUGGCGCCUUUCCCUGGCAGGUUCUAGUACGCGAAUCCACCUGGCUGGGACUCUUCACCAAGAACAAAUGCGGCGGCGUUCUAAUCACUAGUCGCUACGUCAUCACCGCUGCCCAUUGCCAGCCCGGUUUUCUGGCCUCUUUGGUCGCUGUCAUGGGCGAGUUUGAUAUCUCUGGGGAUCUGGAGAGCAAACGUCCCGUUACGAAGAAUGUGAAACGCGUCAUUGUGCAUCGUCAAUACGAUCCGGCCACGUUUGAGAACGAUCUGGCACUGCUCGAAAUGGACAGUCCCGUGCAAUUUGAUACGCAUAUAGUGCCAAUUUGCAUGCCCAACGAUCAGGCAGACUUCACAGGUCGCAUGGCAACCGUGACGGGUUGGGGUCGACUCAAGUACGGCGGCGGAGUGCCUUCGGUGCUGCAGGAGGUGCAGGUGCCAAUAAUUGAGAACAGCGUCUGCCAGGAGAUGUUCCACACGGCCGGGCACAAUAAGAAGAUACUUAACUCGUUCCUCUGUGCGGGCUAUGCCAACGGGCAGAAGGACUCGUGCGAGGGUGACAGCGGCGGUCCUUUGGUUCUGCAGCGUCCCGAUGGACGUUACGAGCUGGCUGGCACUGUAUCGCAUGGCAUCAAGUGUGCGGCGCCUUAUCUGCCGGGUGUCUAUAUGCGUACCACAUUCUAUAAGCCGUGGCUGCGCAGCAUAACGGGUGUGAAAUAAACCACGCUCACACUCACACACACGCACACACACACACAUUGAAACUGUAUAUAGAACAAAUAGUUUUUAGAGGACUUUGCCGUGGCGAAAUGACCUAUCGAUAUAUGUACAUAUAUUUAUAGAUAUUUAUAUUGGAUAUUUAAUAUAAAUAUAUGUAUAUGUAUGUUCAUAGGCAGCAGCGUCGCUUUCACAAAACUCAUAAAAUGUCAUCCACAAAACUCUUCCUUCCCUUAGUUUAAUAUGAGAAAUUGCAGCGACUGUCAAACUGUGCAAAAUUUCCGUUGCCUACUUUCAGGCGGCCACUGAAAAUCAUUCAGAGCUCGAGCUUAUCUGCCCUCUCCCUCACACACUCCAACUCCAUUCCUCAUACGCAAUACUAAGAUUAAGGCAUAUUUAUUGUAAUCGCUAAGCUUAUUUAUUUAUUUAUUUAAUUUAUAUUUAUUAUUGCCGUUUUUUUUAACGAAACCUUCACUUAUCUUUGAUUCAGCUAAAAAAAAAUUGUUAAUUUUCAUAGGCAAAUUGUUGUUAUGUUAAAAUGCAAAUAUGCGAGUGCGAGAGCGCGAGAGAGAGAGAGAGAGAUAGCGCAUAUGUUUUUAGUUCAAUUGAAUUUAUUAAUUAAUUUAAUUUAUGCUAAAACCCAAUUGAUAUAUGCUAUAUCUGAUUGAUAUUGAUAUAUAACAUAUUUAUUUAUAUUUAUAUAUAUUUAUAUGCAAAUUUAAGCGUACAAAAACGAACAAAGCGAAAUCCAUAAACAAAAAUAUGACGAAAUAAACGAGAGUAAUCUAAAAUAG